AUGUCGACUAUUCCUUGGCUACUAUAUACAUAUGCCUGGAUGCCAUACCCACGGCGCAUCUCAAUCUACCUUCGAGAGAAAAACAUUCCAGAAUCUCUGAUUCGCAUCAUUGAUUGUUGUGAUCCAGCAACUGAAGGCAUGCUGAGGGAAGAAAAUCUACCCGCCAAACCAGCCGGCAGUCUCCCAAUUCUGGCCAUUCCAAAUCACGGUGGCGCGGAUGGACACUCGGACAAGGGAUACACCUAUAUUCGUCAAUCUGUCGCCAUAAUCAAGUACAUUGACGAGCACUGCGACCAAGGCAUAUUAGGAUUUCCAAAGUCAGAAUACUCUAUGACGGGGGAAAGUGCGAUAGAGAGAGCAAGAAUUGCCGAGAUUUGUGCCCUAGCAGAUGAUUGUUUGACGGGGUGGAACUCAGUUCGCACGUUCGGCUCUGCAGCUGGUGCACUGAAGGAUCCUGCAGCAUCCAGGCAAAUGAUGACAUGGGUCAAGAGAUCACUGCAGACGAUUGAGCAAUGGUGGAACGAUCGUGACAUGCAACUCCUGCGCACGGGAGGCGUGGGGCAGGUCAAUUUGGGAGACAUUCUGCUCUUCCAAUUCCUGCAAUUCACCAAGGAAGAUUACGGUGUGGACAUGACCAAAGGGACCAACACCGUGAUCAAGGAUGCGUACGAUCGAGAGAUAUUGGAUGACUACCCCAAGCUUGCCGAGUUUUACGAGGCUUUUGGGGGUCGUGACAGCGCUAUUCUCGAUGGAGACCGCGGCGACAUGGCGCCAGAAAGCGCAUCCAAAGUAAUGAAGACCUGGUGGGAAGGAAGCUUGGCAGAGAGCGCGGCAUUGCCUGUAUAG